GUCAUCAAAGAUCCCCCUCCACCUCCGCCAGCUCCAAAAGAGGAAGAAGAACAAGAGCCCUUGCCUACCAAGAAGUGGCCCACAGUGGAUGCUUCCUACUACGGUGGACGAGGAGUUGGAGGAAUUAAAAGGAUGGAGGUUCGCUGGGGUGAUAAAGGAUCCACUGAAGAAGGGGCCAGAUUAGAAAAAGCAAAAAAUGCUGUGGUGAAACUCCCAGAAGAACCAGAAGAACCUUUUCACCCCAAACCACCUAAACCAAAGCCUACCUCACCAGCCAUUCAGGAGAAGUGGUACACGCCCAUUAAGGGUCGACUCGAUGCACUGUGGGCGCUGUUACGAAGACAGUACGACAGAGUCUCUCUGAUGCGACCGCAGCAAGGAGAUGAGGUUGGUGUGUGGCGCGUGCAUCCGCUACGGUCGGCAAAAGAGGGGGGUGUUACGGGCAGGCUGUGCGUCCCCGGCCGCUGA